GAGGUUGAUGAGGAAGAAUGGAGGAUAACAUGGAGGAUGGGAUGGAUAAUGAGGAGGAGAUGGACAUGGAUGAGGAAGAUGAAGAGGAGGAGGACAAUGUGGAUGAUGAGGAUUAUGUCCCGAGUGGUACUGAGAACAGUGAAGAGUCUCAGGAGUCACAGGAACAGGAAAGUCUUAGGAAAGGUGGAAGAGCAUUGCACAAGGCAGCAGGAGGACUGGCACCUGCUAAGGAACUGGUCAUGAACAUGACUGAGACAGCAGUGAUCACAAAACCAGCAGACAAUUACAUCAAACCAGACCUUGGUGCCAUGGACAACAAGGGGUGGACCGUUGUGCACCAUCUUGUGCAGCCAAUGGAGUAUGGCAGCUAUGAAAAUGUGGAAAUUCUAGAGCUGUUGCAUAAGGAAGGAGCACCUUUGGCUGUCAAAGACAAGGCAGGGAAAACUCCUCUGGAUUAUGCUCAUGCACUGGGCUACAUGAAACUGACAGAGGCCCUUAACAGACUCCUGGGAACGACCAGCAUAAUGACACGUGUACCCAAGUCUACAGAUUGGGAUGAUGGCAUGACGUGGGACGGACCUCCUCCUGACUUCAGACAGGAUGCUGAGAAGGUGCUGACAUGGGUGGAGCAGCAGGAACAGGAGAGGCAUCAGAAGGAAGGGCAGGAGUUGGUGGCACUGGUGGACAAACAUGCCAAUGUGGAGGCAGGGACUGGGGCAGUGUUGGUCGACCCAGAACUUAACCUGCCAUAUGACAUGCUGGGAACCAAGGUGGAUGUGCAAUAUGGCACAUAUGGCAUGAACAACUUCUACAAAAUGCAGGUCAUUCACCAGAAGGGGAAGGACAUGUACAUCCUGCUGAACCGCUGGGGCCGGGUCGGGGACUCAGGACAGUUCCAGCGCACACCUUUCCUGAAGGCAGAAGAUGCUGUCAAGGAGUUCUGUAAAAUCUUUAAGGCCAAGACUGGAAAUGACUGGAAGGAUGUUAAGAAUUUCCAGAAGCAGCAUAAGAAGUACCACCUGGUCCCUCUAGCAGAGCAGGCCCACUGUAGGAAGGAGGUAGCUAAAAUUUCUAUCAACCUCGACAACCAGGCACUGCCUUCCAAACUACAGGACAAGGUCAAGGGCUUCAUCGAGGAGCUGACCAACCUUCGCACCAUCAGUGAAUGCAUGAGGCGUACUGGCGUAGACGAGUCCAUGAUGCCAUUUGGUCGUCUCAGGAGGGAGGCUAUGGAGGAGGGAAUGAAAAUUCUGGGAGAAAUCAAGAAGGUGGUUGAGAAGGCAGAGAAGGGGCAGGAGGAGACCUUCCCAGAUGUUGAACAGUACCAGGAGGACAUGGAGAAGACAAGAAUGCAAAAGUGAAGGCCAUCUUCAGACUAGCUCGUCCAGGGGAGACGGAGCGGCUGUCCAACUGUGGGUUGGGGAACUCCCAGCUGCUGUUCCAUGGCACCAGCCCCACCAACCUCAUCAGCAUCCUGCACAAGGGGCUGCUGGUGGCUCCACCUGAAGCUCCUACCACUGGAUAUAUGUUUGGCAAGGGCAUCUACUUUGCUGAUCUAUUUUCCAAGAGCAAAAACUACUGUGACAACUUUGCCUUUGGGUCAUCCAGCAACACUAACUUCAUGUUACUGUGCGAGGUUGCCCUUGGAAACCCGCAAGACCUGUACAGCUCCACUUACAUGGAGAGGGCUCCUGAGGGUUUCCAUUCCACCAAAGGUGUGGGCAGGAGGGAGCCACGUGCUACAGGGAGCAUUACAGUCCAACAAGGUGUGACCAUUCCUUUGGGUGAGAUUGUUGAGAACCCACCACCUCCUGACAAAGGACAUUACUGGUACCUUCAGAACAAUGAGUACAUCGUGUAUGACGCUGCCCAAGUUCGGCUCAGAUACCUCAUACAGUUUGAGGGCUAGAUGCAUCAUACUUCCUGUAUGGAAGUGGUAGGAGGGAUGAUACAAGUGAUUUGAUAUAUAGUUACUGUAUUAGUGACAUGAACUAGGCUGUGGCAGAGGUUGGCCCUGUUACCAGUAUAGAUUUGGUGAUGGAUAAGCCUUUGGGGAAAAUUGGUAUGCCAAUGCAGAUUGACUUGAUUAGAUUGAUCCGCAGCUUAGAAAAGCAGUAGUUAUAAAAUAUAGAAGUUGCGCAAUAAAUUUGAAUUGGUAUGUAUGCCAUGUAUUGAUUACAAAGCCCUAGAAAGGGAGAUUUUGCAUAACACAGACUGCUUUAAGAUAUUUUUCUUCUGAAUCAGUGAUAUCAAUAAUGAGUAUGGUGUAGAUCCUGGUAGAUCUAAUGUUGAUGAGUGCAUAAUGAUUCUUUGACGUAGUCACUAUUGGUACGUAGUAGUACACGUGAUCGUACAUGUAACUGAACAUAGUAACAGUAAUUGUGAAGACUUAAUUGACCAUUGCUAACUGUUUUGAAAGUGAGAUCGAAAUCUGUUCAAAUUGACCAUUUCACACAUUACAUUAUGCAGCAUUGUAUUUUACCUAAUUUUGUAAUCAUAUACAUUGGCCUGGCAAGUACAAUGUCGUAGGAUAUGAUAGCGAAGAUUCUGAUUGGCAUUUUUUCAUUAUUUCUAGACCCAGGUCAAAUUAUUUUUUAAGGUCGUUUUUGCCUCAGCUGUCCUUCAUUCAUCUAAGCAAUGGCUCCUGCCAAAUUUUUAACACUAAACAAUCCUGCAUUCUACGUCAUAUCCUAGAAUCAGAACGCUAACCUGUUUUAUUCAGUUCCAUUUAGAGGUGCAUCAAGUAGGAUAACACCUAGCUGUUAAUUAUUGUGAAAUGUUGCUUAUUACAAUUUGUAUGCUAUUGUAUUGGCACUACAUGCUAUGCUAUUAUUGCUAAUGCUGCUCAGGGCAGUCUCAAAGACUAAAAAAAGCCCAAGGCAAUGUAAGUGAAAUAUCUUCUCCCUCCAAUGUUUAUACAUAUAUAUCCUAAGUCGUUGCCAGGUUAAUUAAUAUUGGUGCUACUGGUAUGCCUGCCACUUUCAUAGCUUUUAACUUGUUAGCACAUCAGAAAAGUGGCUUUUGAGACACCCCUGAAACUUCUUCCAUGUGAGUUGUUCAUAUGUCUUGAUAUGCAGACAUCAAGUGUUGCAUAUUACACACAAGGAGCUUUUGUUACACAGAAGUGAACAUGUUUAAAAAAAAAGUCUGCACACAAAAAAAGGUGGUUGGUUUGGUUGUUAGCCAUUGCAUCAUGUGGAUGAUUAUGUUACAGCCCAUGUUUGUGUUACAGCAUGUUCUGAUGCAUACAGCAAUAGUGAGCAUGUUCCCAGAUCUUUUCUUACAAACUUUACAAAGCUUGAACUGUUCCUGGGUGUUGUCUAUGCAGUUGAUUAGUGGAUGAGUUUUUGCCACCUGAUGGGUCUUUUUGUUUAUGUGAUUCAGCUUGCAUUUCAAAAUCAUGACAUAAUGCCAAAAACAUGAGUGCCAACAAACUCAUGUCAGUUUGGAAAUGACAAUGUAUGGUUUCAGUUGAAGUAAAAGCCAUGUUCAUGUAACUAAUGCCACCUCAGUGUGUAUUGCCUGCAUACCAGAGUAGCAAUGUUGGACAGACCAGCUUGAGACAAGAUUUAUAUGUUAAGAACAGGGAAGACCAAAUUUGGGUUUAAUUACCAGUUACUGCUGCCAGGAUGUAAAAAUGGUGUUUGAAUUGCCACUGGUUACAAUAUUGUACUUACUUGAUAAAACUGUCAUCUAAGAGGACUGUCAUCAUAUUGAACAAAUUUGUUACUGUAACAGCAGACCAAUAAAUUGCACGGAAACUGUAAAA